GGUUUGUCUACGAGUAUUGCCAGAAAUCGUGUUCAGUGGGAUUUCUGACCCUGUACGGCAUAUUCGUGUCCACACAGAUGUAAAGCCGUUUAAAUGUGACGUGUGUCACAAAUGUUUGUAACACAAAAGCUCCCUUAAAGGGACUGUCAACCACGACGACAAAGAAAAGGAAAGUUGUAAAAUACCGUAUUUUUUACAAUUAUAAGUAUUGAUUAAAAUAUAAUGACUGGUAUAUUACGUUACUUGAAAAAAGUUCAUAUUUUCAGUAUAUUCGGUAAUAAAAUUUUGCGAUGUGAAAUCGAAAGUACAUUGCGAAAAUAGUUGACAUAACAAUAUAAACACUAUAAAUAACGCAGGUAGAUUGAUCAUUUUAUAUAUAAAAUAUAUACAAUUCACUAUGCAUGCACAAUUUGCAUUCCUGGGUUUACCAUGUGAAGAUGAUGAUCAAUCUACUGGCGUUAUUUAUAGUUAAUUGGUAGUUACCCGGUAGACAUACCCAGUAAAAUUUAUUACCGAAUAUACUGAAAAUGUGAACACUCAACAACUUUUUUUCAAGUAAUGUAAUAUACCAUUCGUGAUAUUUUAAUCAAUAUAUACGGAAUAUUACGCUAGUCAAUUGUUCCAAGAGUUUGUAUCACUCGAGUGGCUUGUGUUGUCCAAUGUUUAUAACAAUUAAGUUGACAACUUUAAAUUUUGAUCCGAUGUUUAUAACAAAAAGGUUGAAACGAUAUGCACUUCAACUUCUAUCUUCCAUGUCUUUAUCGAAACUUAGCUUCUAUUAUCUAUUAGUUUCUAACACACUAUUUUAUUGUAUUCCUAUGGAAAUAUACAAUUAUGCAUGAUAAACACACACUCCAAAAUACGUUUUGAAUUCGUUCUAUGUUUUUAACAAAUAGUUUACUGUUAAAAAACACCACGUCCGACAUGUCCUUAAAUUCAAGAGUGUUUAGAUAAUACCAUUGUGUUUCGUCACAGAAAUGACGUCACACAAUGUUUUACGUAAUAUAUUUCGUAAUAUAAAAUAUUUCUAUUUUCGGUGCGCGUAAUGUGACGUCAUAAAAUGGGUCAAAGUAGUCUGGCUAGUAUGGUAAUACGGAAUUGGAAACAACUGGAAUGUCUGUGAUCACUGCCAGAAGGCGUUCAAGUGCAUAUCUGAACCGGCUAGCCAUGUUCUAAUACACCAGGAGGAAAAACAGUUUGAAUGCAGUAUUUGUCACACAAGAUUUACUCAUCAAAGUGCCCUGCAGAAACACAGCCUUGUUCAUAUGGACACCAAGUGUAAGCAGGACACUGGUCUGCAACAGAGAAGGGAGACCACUCCUAAAGAGAGGGUUGUCUGUGAUCAUCUAAAGGAUCACAUGUUGGUCCACACAGGGGAAAUGCCGUUUGAAUGCAGUGUUUGUAACAACCAAUUUAAUUUUGAAGGUGAUCUUAAGCGUCACAUGUUGGGUCACACAGGGGAAAAGCCAUUGGAAUGCAGCGUUUGUCACAGACAAUUUAAUUUGAAAAGAACUCUUAGGUAUCAUAUGUUGGUCCACACAGGGGAAAGGCCAUUCAAAUGCAGUGUUUGUGAUAAACAGUUUAUUAGUACAAGUCACCUUAAGGAUCACAUGGUGGUCCACACAGGGGAAAGGCCAUUCAAAUGCAGUGUUUGUUAUAAACAGUUUAGUAGGAAUAGUCACCUAAAGGAUCACAUGUUGAUCCACACAGGGGAAAAGCCAUUUGAAUGCAGUGUUUGUCAAAAACAAUUUAAUAAGAAAGGUGAUCUUAAGCGUCACAUGUUGGUUCACACAGGGGAAAAGCCAUUCAAGUGCAGUGUUUGUGAUAAACAGUUUAUUAAUACAAGUCACCUUAAGGAUCACAUGUUGAUCCACACAGGGGAAAGGCCAUUCAAAUGCAGUGUUUGUGAUAAACAGUUUAGUAGGAAUAGUCACCUUAAGCGUCACAUGUUGAUCCACACAGGGGAAAUGCCAUUUGAAUGCAGUGUUUGUGGUAAACAAUUUAGUCAGAAUGGUGCCCUUAAGGAUCACAUGUUGAUCCACACAGGGGAAAAGCCAUUUGAAUGCAGUGUUUGUCACAAACAAUUUAAUUGUAAAGGUGCUUGUAAGCGUCACACAGUGUUGGUCCACAAAGAAGGCCUUCGUUUGUCAAAGAUGAUCAGCAAUGAAGAGCAUCCUUAAGGGUCAAAGCUUAGUCCACUGGAGUGCCUGUUGUUUGUGGAACACUUGUGGUGACAGAUACACAAUAUGACACUUGUAGUUAUGUUUUCAAUUAAUCUUUUCAUUGUUUUACCAAUAUUUUGGUAUAAGGCCACUGAAAAAACUUUGGUUAUGAAAACUUAAGAACCUUUUUCCUUUAACAUAUUCAAAUUGUAGAAUAAGCCAUAAAAUGCUUGUUUGUGAUAAUUUAUUUACUGUUUUUAGCUCACCUGAGCACAACGUGCUCAUGGUGAGCUUUUGUGAUCGCUUUUUGUCCGUCGUGCUUCGUCCUUCGUCUGUCAUCAACAUUUUGCCUUGUUACCACUCUAGAGGCCACAUUUAUUGUCUGAUCUUCAUGAAACUUGGUCAGAACAUUUGUCCCAUUAAUACAUCAACUGAGUUCGAAACUGGGUCAUGCUGGGUCAAAAACUAGGUCACUAGGUCAAAAAAAAGCAAAACAUUGUGAACACUGUAGAAGUCACAUUUGAUGCCCAAUCUUCAUGUUACUUUGUCAAAAUGUUUGUCUAAAUGAUGUGUUGGUUGAGUUCAAAAAUGGUUCCGGUCCGUUGAAAAACAUGGCCACCAGGGGGCGGGGCAGUAUUCCAAAUAUGGCUAUAGAGAAACCUUGUGGACACUGUAGAAGUCACAAUUUUGGCCCAAUCAAACUUGGCCAAAACACUUGUUUCAUUGAUAUCUUGGACGAGUUCGAAAAUGCUCCAGAUCAGUGAAAAAAACAAGGCCGCCAGGGGUGGGGUAGUUUUCUCUAUAUGUAUAUAUUGAAAACAUGGGAACACUCUAGAAGUCACAUUUUUGGUCCAAUGUUCAUGAAAUUUGGUCAGAACAUGUGUUUUAUGGAUAUGACAGUUGAGUUCGAAAAUGGUUUGGAUCGGUAAAAAAGCAUGGCCGCUGGGGGGGGGGUCAUUUUCCUUUUAUUCAUAUAGUAAUAACAGCUUUUGAACACUAUAUAGUUUUUCAUGUCAAGGGAAGUAACUGCAAAUUAAAAAUUAUGUUGAAUUGACAGAGUUGUCUCCCUUUUUAAAAUAUUUGUUUUAAGCACAAGAAGAUUAAGUGGAAUUAAUUAUAAAUGAUAGUUUUACAUUCUGGAAGAUAGCAAACUUUUAAAUAUGUUUUUUAUUGUUUGAUGAUUCUGUACAAUAUGGCAUUCUUUUUUCAAACAAUUAAAGCGAGACUAAACAAUUUUUAUAUGUGUUAAAUUGUUAUAUAUUGAUAAAUACAUGUAACAAUAACACAAAAUAGGCAAAAUAUUGAAGACGAAUUUCAUAAAAUGCAGCUAAGACAAAUUAGCGCCCCAAGCUGAUGAUGAAGAAGAUAUUUCGUACAUAUUUUUCUACAAUAACCGAAGAAUUCGUCUUUUUAUUAGGAUCAGAGUUAGUGUUCGUGUGUUGUAUGAAUAGACAUCGAUGCAGGAAUUUAAAAACAACAUUAAACUAAAUUAAGAUUCACAUCGUACAUGCAUGAUAAACAUUCUGGCGAAUUCAACUGUACAGACAUUUUCGAUUUCAGAAUUAAAUAUCUCGCUUAUUUUGCUUUUUUUGACACAUGUUCUUCUUAAGUUUUAUUUUAAAUCAUAUUGAAAUGUAUGACCUUGUUAACACUCUAGAGGUCACAUUUAUUUUCCAAUCAUCAAGAAACUUGGUCUGAAGAUUUGUCCCAAUGAUAUCUUGGAUGAGUUCGAAAAUGGUUUUUGUUGCUUUAAAAACAUGGCCACCAGGGGCGAGGAAUUUUUCCUUAUAUGGCUAUAUAUGGCUUUAGCAAAACCUUGUUAACACUCCAGAGGCCGCAUUUAUUGUCCAAUCUUCAUGAAAUUUGGUCAGAAGAUUGGUCUAAUGAUAUCUUGGAUGAGUUCGAAAAUAAUUAUGUUUUUGAAAAACAUGGCUUCCAAUGGGGCGGGGUAUUUUUCCUUAUACGGCUAUAGUAAAAUCAUGUUAACACUCUAGUUUUAUUUAAUUCAGUUGCCCAAUCUUCAUGAAAUUCUGUCUCCAUUGUUUAACCUGCUGAGUCAUUUUUCCCAAUCUAUUUUUAGUGCUGCUCUAGAAUUUGUUAGACCCCGGGACCCAGUUGUUCGUACACUAGGUUAUUUUAACCCCUUGGUUAGCGCUAACCGCGGGUUAAAGUUAUCCAAGCUGGGUAACUAACAAGGCUGGAUAAAUGCGUUCUGGAAAUAUUUACCCAGGCUGGAUUACUAUCCAUGUUGGGUAAAUUUAUCCACUGGUUAACUUUUACACAUAACCCAUAAUCCAUUGUAAAAGCAAAAUGGCCGACAUGUCGUCAAGCUAUAAAUAGGACAUCGUGUUCUGGAAAAAAGAUUUAAUAACAUUAUAAAAUCGUAAAUUUUAAAUCAGUUAUAUUUAAUCCAUUAAAUGUUAAUAGAUCAUUGAAACAAGUAUGUAUUUUAUGUAUUGUAUUUGGCAUUUUUCGUGAUUCUGUAAAUAAAUUGCCAAUGAAAAUGUGUAUAAUUAACCUUUAACGCGAUCAUGAGUGUAAAGAAAGCGAAUUUUUUCGAACCUGCCAUUUGUAAACGUUAUAGCAAGCAUGGUAUAUAAGCAUGGAAUGCUUUAUAGAAGUUCGAUAUUUCCGCCAUUUAAAUUACAAAUUCUUUUAACAUUUUCAUUUGAACCGAUAUCGAUUCCGCAUUUGAUCGUCAUAUAACCCAACAUUAAUUUUUUUUUGGCGAUUCUUACGUGGAUUAAGAUACAAACAAAAUUCCGCUAUUUUGUUUGUUUACAUGGAUAAAUUUUAACCAACCUUUAGACCAGGGUUAAAUUUAUCCAGACAAAGCGCUGGAUAAAUUUAACCAACAUGAUGCAACAACACUUAACCAAAAAAUUAACCCUUGGUUAAAUUCAUCUGACAUUUAUCCCAGGGUUAAAAUUUACCCAGGUAUCGAACAACUGGAUCUAGAUAUUGAUGAUUGAAGUGUGUAACUAUUUACCACUCAGCUUACUGACCCUCUCACUGUGCUGUUUGCCAGAUGUUAAUAUCAGUGGUCAGUAAUAAAAGCUGGUUGAACUGUUUGAUAUAUUUUAUUUCACAGUGGGAGUAUUUAAUGCAUGUUUUUAACAAUUAACAAAAAAUAUGUAAUUUAAAUGGGAACUUCAUAUCAAAACAAGAUUCCAUAAUGAUUCACUCUAUGUAAUCAUAUUAAAGAUAUGUUAGCAAAUAUCAAAUGGAUAGUCUAUGAAAACAAUUAAGAAAUAAUUUCAAUUAUAAGUUUCUGGAGAUAAAAAACAAAUUCCGAAUAAUCUUCAAAACUAAUAAAAAUAAAAAUAAUAUCAAAACUUAACUUUUUUUAUGCCCCCGGUAUGGUGGCAUAUAGCAGACAGACUGUCCGUCCGUCUGUCCGUCCGUCAGUCCGUCGCACUUUUGCGUUUAGGUUUCGAAAAAUGCUCAUAACUUGUAUGUCGCUUCAGAUGUAUCCUUCGUAUUUGGUAUGCAUGUGUAUAUGGACAAGGCCUUUCCAUACGCACACAAAUUUUGACCCCUUUGUCUUUGAACUUGAACUUAGGUCCGCGUUUAGGUUUCGAAAUCUGCGUUUAGGUUUUGAAAAAGCAUUUUUUGAGGGCAUAUGUCUUCCGAUGGAGACAGCUCUUGUUUAUUUAUUAAGUUGUAGCCAUUGUAAAAUUAUAAAAGAACUAAAAAUUAAAAGACUUUUCAAAAAACAUUUACAGGGUCUUGAAAUAAUUCAAUAUUUGUUAAUUUGCAUGAUACUGAUUAAACACUUACGAUGUCAAUUUUGAAUAAGACAUAAAUCUUGGAAUGUAGAUCAUUUUGAAGAUUUUCUCAAACAAAACUGUACUUUAUAUUCUAAAUGUGUUUUGGAAAUUAUUUAUCAAUAAUUUUAAGAUCAUAAGCACGUUUCCAAGACUCUUUUUUUCAAACAGUGAUUGUAUUUUGUAUCAUUUCAUAGUUUUUUAAUAAAUCAAUUAAAAAGAUGCAAUUAUGUAUGCAAGUGUCUAUUUGAUUAUAAUUAGUCUGUUUGUUUAUACAACAGGUAAAACUUCAUAUGAUGCAUUCUGGAAAAAACACAGUUUAUUCCUAGAUUGUUGUCUUAUUCCAAACAUUACAUAAUAGUGUGUUUAUAAUAUAGGAUCAUUUAUAACUUUCGAGAUAAUUCCUUUACUUACUGUUAUUAAGCUUUUAAUAAAGCGAUGCAUAAUACAAAAUUAUUUUGGCACUGCCUAAGCAUGAUUGACAUUAGGCUCUACAGUUGGACUGAAAGCUUGCCAUGCAAACAUACCAUGCCAUGUGGUUUAUUAAUCAGAGAAUACAAGAUCACUGAUAGAAUCAUAAGAAUCUGACAGGUGACUGUUUCUGCAAACAACCACAUAGACUAUAUCGGUGUCUAGAAAAAAUAUAUUGUUAUCUCCACGCUUUUUGAAAAGCGUGGGGAUAUUGUGGUUAUCUCCGCCGUCUGUCUGUCCGUCUGUCUGUCCGUCCUAACCACUAUCUCCUCCUCCACUAUAAGCACUAGAACCUUGAAACUUUCUCACAUGGUAGCUAUGAGCAUAUGUGCGACCCUGCACGAUUUGGAAUUUUGAUCUUACCCCUGGGUCAAAAGUUAUGGGGGUUGGGGUGGGGAUUUUUUUUAAAAAUAAAUCAAAGCGGCGCAGGACGGCAUUGUGUUUCUGACAAACACAUCUCUGGUUUAGAAAAAUCUUUUUGAUUUUUUUGUUUCCUAAAUGUCAAGCAAAUUGUUUGGUUUAAGAAUUUAUAUCCUUAAUUAGUGAAAUGUGAUCUGUAAAAUAUGAACUGUACUAAUUAUUAUAAAAAUGUGUAAAAAAUUGUAAUUUUGUGUAAUUACUUGUUUUAUUUGAUUUAAAUUAAAUAAAUAGUGUUUGUUUCAAA